CACGAGUUGUGACGCUAGUCGCCGUUAAACCAUUAUAUCGACUCUAAGUUCAUGUUUCAGACAUUUCCAGCUCCCCUUUUUCUCAGCGAAUCGAUAUGAAGUCCUUUGUUGCUCUUGCUGCCUUGAUCUUGGCCGUUUGCGUCGUGAGUAGCAAAUGCAAUCAACCCGACAAUCACCCACCCAUCAACAGCGCAAACUCAAAUUCCAACCGCAAUGUCACUACCAAUAAUAACGACGAUUCACUUUCGCAAGUGUUUGGCAAUCAAAAUGCAGAAGAUCUCAAUCAGUUCCCAUGCCCUGAUGGACAGGCUUGUGCCAAGGAUAAAAGCCUUUCAACGGAAGGAGGAGAAAGUAUCUUGGCGAAAUCAGCCCUUGAAACGGCCGAGGAAGGAACCGAAGAUGUGGCCGUUGAAACAAUCUCAGAGGUAGAUGUAGAAAAACAGCGCGUAGAUUACAUUUUCACGUACCGGAAAACGCUGGACGAUAAGAAGAAUCCUAAAGAUGUACCCAAACCGGUCUGUGGCCAUGUCCAAAAGGACGUGCGGGGGACCUUUAAGAACGGACUUGGUAAAGCGGGAACUGAGGUUGUCGCAUUAUUGACACAGACUUCUUUCUCGAGAAAUGAAGAAUCAAGAACAUAAAAGUCCCUCGGUCAAGCUCGCAUCGACCUGCAAGAUACGUUCGAUCAAUUCGGAAAGCGAUGGGUCUGUUUGUACCUCCAGUGGAACGGUGUCCAUCCUUCACCGAAAGCUUUCGGCACCGUUUUUAUCCAAGCCGAUAAAACAUUCCCCAUUGACUUGAUUCGAAAGGCGUUCAAUGAAAGUAUGCAGAAAUGUGUCAAAGUUUGGCUUGAAGUUGCACCCAAAGCAGUACCUAAUGACCCAAAGUAGCACGACACUUUCGUUAGAAAUCAGUUUAACACUAAAACCCUUGGCCCUCGGAUUUGAAAAGAAAUAUACCAUUUUCAGCAGCAUUAA